GCCACAUUAUUUGAGCUUGAAUGGUUGAACGGAUUUGAUUUCUUGAAAGAAAAAGUAGGUUUCUGUUAACACGUAAUUGUCAAUAGUCUUCUCGAGAUACUCCUUCAACGGAAGAACAUAAGCGGGAGCUGCGCGCGUCCGGCGCCGACGUCAACUACCUGCUGUUCGGCCAGAACCGGCGCGCCCGCCUCGUCCACAACUACGGCAACGCGCAGACGGUGGUGCUGCACGCCGGGCACGCCAAGCCCGCCAGCAAGCCGGCCAAGCAGGGCUCCACGGUGUGCACGGUCCAGUGACAUGUCGUAAGGGACCCCGAUCACGGAGCCAGUCGCCGCACCCCGCCGCACCCCGCCACACCGCACCGCUCCCCGCGUCCGCCAUGCAGGUCGAGCAGGUUGUCGGGCAGGGCCCCCACGCCCUGUCCCCGGGCAGGGCUCGGCCGGGCCAGUGGUACUCCCUGGCCACGACCACCCUGGCCGUCGCGCCAGCGCCGGCCCCGCCGGCCUCGGGUGACGCAGCCGCUCCGGCCGCCCCGGCCGCUCCGGGCGCUCCGGGCGCCGCCAACGCCCUGCCGGAGCCCCGCGUCGGGCACACUGCCUCGUACCUGCCCCGGAGGAAGAAGGUGCUGCUGAUCGGUGGCGCGUCGCCUUGCGCGCUGUACAACGAGGUGUGGCAGCUGGACCUGCAGCGGCUCACGCUGACGCUGUUGCGGCCCGGCCCCAGGCCCGGCCCCGCCGCCAACCCCGGCGCCGUCGGCCAGCCCCCGCAGCGCUACGAGCACUGCGCCUUCCUGCCGCCCCCGCAGGACGUGCUGGACAAGAUCUGGGUGUUCGCCGGGGCCAACAUGGAGGGCAACCUCAACGACCUCUGGGAGCUGGACGUGGCCGCGGAGGAGUGGAAGUUCGUGGACAACUCCGGCAGCGUGCCCGCCCCGCGGACCAUGCACACGACCACCGCAGACGUGGAGGGCGAGUUGGUGCUCUUCGGGGGCGGCAACCAGGCGGCCAGCCCCGUGGCCGACCCGUCGGUGUACAAGCUGGACCCCGUGACUUGCGUGUGGACCACCGUCGACACCAAGGGCGACCCCCCAGCGCCCCGUCAGGGACACAUACUGGUUGGCGUUGGAGCCAAGCUUUUCUGCCACGGCGGCAUGGCUGGCAACAAGUUCUUCUCCGACAUGCACGUGCUGGAGGACGGCAAGUGGACGCUGGUGGACGCCGGCACCGGGGAGGGCUCCGCGCCCAGCGCCAGGGCGGGGCACGGCGCCGUCGCCAGGGGCAACUUGCUGUACAUCUUCGGCGGCCUGGGCCCGCACGGCACCCUCGACGACAUGUGGAAGUUUGACUGCACAUCGCGCACGUGGCAAGAGAUAGUGUUCGAGUCCGACUGUCCUCGGCCGAAACCCCGGUUGGACUUCGCCAUGACCCUCGUGUGGCUGCCUCAGCAUUUCACCCCACAGUGUACCAACGGGGAAGCAGUGACGCAGAACGGCGGGCAAGCUGAAGAGUCUGGCAGCCCGGACUCGGAACACGAUCUCCCGUUCAUUCUUGUGCAUGGUGGAAUGGAUGAUUUAGGUACUCUCUACAAUGAUUUUCACGUGUUUUGUCUAGAAGAUUCGUCAAAUCAACCAUGAUUUUGCUCAACAUCAUCAUUCCUGGUUUUAUGUUCAACCUUGUUCCCUGUGUUCAUUGUAUAUGAAUGUUUCUUUUUUAACUUUACGGUAAUUUAUUUUGUAAUCAGGCUUAAGGUUUACAGUGUUGUGUUACCUUACUGCCACUUAUACUUUCACAUGUGUUCUGUAACUACAAACAGGAGUGGUUCUUAGCUUAUCCUCAAUUUAAUGCUAGUCAUUAUAAAAGGCAGGUUCCAGCAAUGUUUAUUGUUGCUUUUCCUGCAAGUACUGGAGGUUCAAAAUCUGUUUUUUUUUUUUUUAGACUUUUCUUUAAGAACAAAACGUCAAAUGUAAAAUAAAAAUAAUUUUUUACUCAAGGAAGAUGUUUAAAAAAGUCCAAAUAAAAUUAUUAUUACAUUCUUU